AUGGGAUACAAAGGCCUCUAUCGAGAAGCACACAGCGACCUCUCGGAUGAGACAUUUUGCGCUCAAGCUCUAAAUGAUCUCGAAGCAGCUAUGGGAUUAGCUGGGGACAAUUGGACCCAUACCCUUCUCCUCGCAAUCAUUAUAACCUUGACCCUUCGGAUCCACAACUUUGUUCAGCAUGAACAUCUCAAACUUCAUGCCGUCAAUAUCCUUUCACAAGCACGGCGCACCGCCUUCGAAUGGAUUUUGACCCUCCAAGCACUCGUAGCGAAUCAAAAACAAAAGCAACCUCAGCUGAGACAUGCAUUGCUUGGCGCCUCGCUUGUACUGCGGGCCACUUUUGACCUUGAAAGCAAGGAAAUCACCUCAUUCGAUACUGGCGAGGAUGGUAUAGCACGUUAUAUAUUUGCAGGAACAUUUCUUACGGAUCCCACUCUUGAUUCCCUGCCAGUAGGGAUUCGCUUUCUUGCCCAGCAUGAUCGGCGGGCAGCAUUAAGACUGCAGCCCCAUGUUGCAAUCCAUUGUGCCGUCAAUCCAACCAUCCUUCAUGUCGCCGUUUCAUUCCGGUGGAGCACUUUCGAUCUGAAAGGAAGUGGAUGGAGACAGCUGGCGACCCCAGCAGAACGAUGGUGGAGUUUUACGACGCCAGAAAACUCAGAGCGGAUGCAACGAGUAGUUCAUCUUAAUCUCUUGGAUGGCUCUUUUCUGAUCGAUGGUGCAUCCUUUGAUCAUCUUCCAAAUGAGAUAACUAAACAUAUGACCUAUAAGGAAUUGUUUCACAAUAAUGACAUUGAGAAUGUGUGUCCAUCGACAAUCAGGGGGAUGUCCUAUGAAGGAUAUUAUCAAGGCCACCAGGUUCAUCUCACAUUGAAAGGGGAAGAGCUUAUCAUCAGACAUUACGAACAUGGUCAUAUUGAGGAAUUCAUCCCUUCAUCAAUUUUGAAAGGCGAUCUUCCGUAUACCCUUGUACAUGGAAGUCACCAUUGGUAUAUGGAAGACUCGAACAGCCUCGAAAUACGAUCGCAAGAUCAAACUUGGCUCAAGAAGGAACCUCGGGUUUGGACGGCAGCCCUACGGAGAAAGAGUCGAGCGCUGUUGGGAAAUGUCACGCGGAAUGUUACAUCGACAACUUAUCAUCUUGUGGAUCCACACUCUCCCCUUUAUGACCACCUCCUUACCAGACUUCAGCCUUUAGAAACACGAAAGGACGCGGGGGCCUACGGACAUCCCCUGACAUCCAUCAAGCUGCAAAAUGCUGGAGGUUAUUUUACCUAUGAUGUCGAUAAUCUCCUUGGCAGACUUCAUGUAAUGGAGACAACUCAUUGGCAUCCAGUUCUGCCGACCCUCUCGCAAGAUCCAAAUUUUCUUCCAAUAGUCGAGGCCAUUCUCGAUCAUUGGCAAAGACUAGACAAAUUCCAUAGUAUUGGGCAAAAUCUCGCAACAAGACCCCAUCCCCCUGGAAUGAACCACUUAUCUGCACGCGCAAAUGUGCGAAACUGGAUCUUUCAUUCAUCCGCUUAUUCUAUCCCCACACUUGAAGAUGUAGCAUACAAACACCGUGACUGCAUUCAUGAACAAGAGUCAAAAGAGCGCGAACGGCUCACCUUCCAAGUUGCUGCUCUCUCAAACCCAUUCACGACCAAAUUUCCCUAUACUGUCUCCUUGGCUGAUACUGUCCAAGGCUGGGGACGCGUAGAGGCUCCUAAAGACUGGAGCUGCGACGAUGUACCACUAUGGAUGUCGGCCGAGAUAGCAAUGUCAGAACUAUG